CCAACCACGUGGUUGAAUACGACGCAUGCGUGACACGUGCGCGUACAUCUAACCUCACCAAACGAAUGUAUGACGACGACGACCCGUAAUCGUAUCGCGAAGAAUGCCAGUAUGUAUCGAGUUCCGUAACGAUUCAAAUAAACAAUCAAAUGCAAACGCCAUGUAUCCCCAUAUUUUAAGAAAAUAGUGUAAGAAAAUAAAAUAACUUAUAUGUGGCGUGAAUACCAGGAGGGGACUAUACAUUGUAAAUUUACUAUUAUCGUGAGUAGCAGGCUUUUCAACUCCAAUACGUUCCAUUAAGACACGAUCAACGAAUACGAUUACGUCUCAUUAUUUCGAAAGAACGAACGUUAUCCUCAUAUCCUUUUGAAUGAAUGUUUCGGCGAUUACAAAGCAAAUGUUGCUACAUAAACGAUAAAUCGGCAUCAAUUAUUGCCGAAUGCGUGUUGUCUACUUCAAAAGAGUGCAUAUAAAAAUUGCGGCAUUUUAAAGCUGCGAAUUGAAAAUUACGUUAAAGCAUCUUCAGGAAAUAUGAAUACUGAAAUUUAUGAGACUUUACCUACAUCAUCUGUGGCUGUACAUAUGACAGCAGGCGCAUUUGCCGGAAUUAUGGAACAUUGUGUUAUGUAUCCACUUGACAGUGUUAAGACAAGAAUGCAAGCAUUAACACCAAAUGCAGGUGUAAGAGGUGGAGUAAGAACUGUUCUAAGGAGAAUGGUACAACAAGAAGGUUUUUUGAGACCAAUUCGUGGUAUGAGUGCAAUGGUUGUAGGAGCUGGUCCUGCACAUGCAUUGUAUUUUUCAUGUUAUGAAUUUAUUAAAAAUAAAUUUUUGAAUUCAAGAACAUAUUCUGAAUUGAAUGUAGCUCCUUAUGCAAUUGCUGGUUUUGUGGCAACACUUCUUCAUGAUGGUAUAAUGAAUCCAGCAGAAGUGGUUAAACAGCGAUUACAAAUGUAUAAUUCUCCUUAUCAAAAUGUUAUGACAUGUAUAAGAAAUAUAUAUAAAAAUGAAGGUGCAUAUGCAUUCUAUAGAAGUUAUACGACACAAUUGACUAUGAAUAUACCUUUUCAAACAAUCCAUUUUGUUACUUAUGAAGUUGCACAAGUUGUCACAAAUCCUAAUCAUAUUUAUAAUCCAAUAGCACAUAUGGUAUCAGGUGCAUUAGCAGGAGCUGUUGCUGCUGCAGUUACAACACCUUUAGAUGUUUGCAAAACACUUCUGAAUACACAAAAUGGUAUACAGGCUCAAGGCAUGAAAGAUGCUUUAAGAAUUGUGUAUAGAUAUGGAGGUUUAUCUAGCUAUUUCCGUGGUUUAAAUGCCCGUGUUCUUUAUCAAAUGCCAGCCACAACUAUUUGUUGGUCAACAUAUGAGUUUUUCAAAUAUAUAUUUCAAGAAAAAGAUGAUGGAUAUCGUGGACCAGAAGUUGAUAAUGAUUCUUCAAAUGAAAUUAAUCAGAACCAAAGUUCAAAUUCUAGAUUUCAUUUUCUAGUCUUUUUCAAGAUAUGAGCAUAUAUCUCAAUAAAAAUGCUCCAACCUCAGUGUUACUCGGUGUGACAACGAGUUAAGUAUUUUUGAAUCUUUACUGACACCAUUUGAACUGUAUGAAGAACUAUUGAAUGGUAGAUAAAAUAUCCGUUUUUUCAUAUUUGAAGAGUUUAUCAACAAUAUUUCGUUAAUUCAUCUACGCUAUUAUUACAUGUAUAUAAUAAUUCAUAAUGAAGAAAUACAUGUAUAAAUGAAAAUCCAUUUUGAGCCAAGUGCGGGACGCAAGCUCAACAAAAUAAGAAAAAUGAAUCAGAAAAUUUCUUUAGUUAUUUUUUAAUAUAUGACUAUUUAAUAAUGUAUAAUUACAAAUUAAUGACUGCAUUUUCUAGUACAUUGAAGUAAACGGCAAGUAGUAUUUUACAAAUAUUCACCAAAUCAUUAAAACAUUAUUAAUUGAUAUAAAAUCUAAAACAAGGAAUUGUUAAUAUUAAUAAAAAGAUAUUUUGUUUUUCUUAACAUAUUAUAAUAUUAAAUACUAUAAAGAUAUAGCAUCUUUGAAACUUUUAUUGAAUAUAAUAUUUUAUUAAAUAAAAUAAUUAACAAUGUAUUAUUUUAAAAAAUUAAUGAAAUACAAUUAUUAAUUAGUAAUAUUAUUUCAAAGAUAACAUAAUAUAAAUGUUGUGUAAAUGAUAGUUAUCCGAUAUUAAACGUACUAUCAUUCACCAUACCGUUUAUAUUAAUCAACAAAAAAUUCAUUAUGAAAAUUUAAAAAAGAUUAUAUAACAAACAUGCUAAAUUAUAUGUAAACUAUAUUCAAUUUAUUUAUGAAAUAGUUUAUAUACUUUUGUUAUAAAAUAAUUUAUGAAUUAUUCGCGUGAAUGUAUUUUUGGCGUUCAUAAAAUACGUGAUAAAAAAAAA